AAUCCAAAUCCAAAAGAUUCAACUCCCAAAACCGAACCCAGACACCAUAAUCUCGAAACCGUUUUGAAAAGUACUUUACUGCUCCUUUUGCUGCUUAAAAACCCAACACCCAUAACUUGUUUUUUACUCAAUUCAAUGGAUAUUCCAAGUCAAACGUCUGACGUCCCCUUCUCCAAGUCUUAUUCUAUGCGUGCUGAAAGGGUGGAGCCAUCUUCAUCCUCUGAAGGGGGCAUUGGAGGCCAGCGAGCUGUUCACUCUGACGAGGAAGUGCUUUUACUAGCGACCAACAGGCCUAAGAAACGAGCAGGGAGGAGAGUAUUCAAGGAGACGCGGCAUCCGGUUUUUAGAGGUGUUCGAAGGAGGAAUAAUGAUAAAUGGGUAUGCGAAUUGCGGGAGCCUAAUAAAAAGACUCGCAUUUGGCUUGGAACGUAUCCCACCCCUGAAAUGGCUGCCCGGGCACAUGAUGUAGCUGCAUUAGCAUUCAGAGGCAAGGCUGCUUGCCUUAACUUCGCUGACUCUGUUUGGAGGUUACCCGUGCCUGCUUCCAACGAUGCCGCCGAUAUCAGGAGAGCCGCAGCUGAGGCAGCUGAAGCAUUUAGGCCUCAAGUAUUCCAGGAACUCUCCGGUAGCGACGUCAGGCAGGGAAGCUUCAAGGCUUCCGAUUGUGAAGUUUCGAGCAGUGACGUCAAGUUGGAAAACAAGAAAAAAAUGGCAGCUGAAGGUGAAGUUUCGACAGAGAAAAUUCACUUCAUGGAUGAAGAAGAAAUGUUCUACAUGCCUAAGCUGCUUGACAGCAUGGCUGAAGCGCUUCUACUUUCACCACCAAGGAAUCGCGAUGAAGCUGACAGUGAUAUCGAUGUGUCUUUAUGGAGUUACUCAAUCUGAAGUGUACAAACUACAAACUACUGCAAGUGUUUGUUUUGUGUUUUUUUUUUUUUUUUUUGUAAUAUAUGAUCUUUUUGUGUAAGGUUUUAGGUAAAGAUGUACAACUGGUAUGGUAUUGUUGAAUUUGAAGAAGCCAGAGGGCAUGUAAGAUAUACGACUCGACUACGAGUUCGUUCCCCUGUUUCCAACAAGUCAACAACUAAUCCAAAAGAUUUUCCUUCGGAAUCGCAACAACAAA